GGUGGGCAGCCAAGUGUGCCGCUAGGGAUCAUGCUCCGACUGUGCAACAAACGAAGAUAGGAACGGGAAAUCCUCCAAAAUUCAUGGUGGAAGUGCGCAAUAACUGUCCGAUGUGCCCGAUUAUUAACGUCCAUUUGAAGUGUGGGAACUUUCCUCAAGCUCUAGUCAAUCCGAGGCUACUCAAAGUUGUUGCCUUCGAUGAUUGCGUCGUCAACGGAGCGUUGCCAUUGCAGCCUCUCCAAAAGCUCUCCUUCAACUAUACUCACAGCAAGUACUUGUUGCGCCCCAGCAUUUGGUACUUCCAGUGCGAGUAA